AUGGUCAAGCCAGUUCGAACGAAACGCAUAAGAUACCGGAUGCUCAAUUUAAAGCCCAACCUCGGCAAGCUCAAAGAUGAACACUCUUCCAUGCGGGUGGCUACUCCGCAGCUACUCCCCGAUGACAGUAUCUGCGCCAAGUGUGCCGAUCUUGACCUUCGAGGAGCCCUCCAAGAGGCUGUUCGGAUUCGAGAGCGCAGCAACGAUAUAUUCGGUACUGCGCUCUGGCACGGACUUCGUAUCGCCAAUGUCGGCCGUGAGUUUCGAAAGCUGCAGUCGACGGAUUGUCCACUGUGCCCCAUCCUAUUUACUUCCCGCAUCGGUUCAGAGCAAGGCCUCGUCGACAGCGACAAUGGUGACGAAAUACGACUGUUUGGCUUUCUAGACAAUUCCGAUUCGGUCCGAUCUACGACAAGCUUUCAUAAUUAUGACUCUGCACUCCUUGCUGUUGUGCCCGAACACUUCGGAUCUAAAAAGGGAGGCCAGGGUGAUUUGCGCAUACUCAAGAAUCAUAUUCAAAACCAAGGGGCUGCAGUACUUCUCCAGGAUGGGACUCACCCGGAAAUCUUUUCUGCGCGUGAAGUUCCAGCCUUCUUCGACGUCGAUAGAGCCCUUCGUUGGCUGGAGUACUGCAGAUGCAACCACUCGAGUCCGUGUGGCGACUCAACAAAUUCCUUGGUUCCUGGUCUCCGCCUCAUCGAUUGUUGGACAAUGACCAUCAAAGAGGCUGGUAAAAGCAGUCCUUAUGCAGCAUUGAGCUAUGUAUGGGGCGACCCGGCCAUCGUCGACAGCAGUUUGCGACGAACAGGCAACAGACUUCUACUACCGGCAAGGCUAUCCCCGGUCAUCUCCGACGCAAUCAGUGUUACAAGAGAUCUAGGGUUUCAGUACCUCUGGGUCGAUAAAUUUUGCAUUGAUCAGGGCGAUGCGGGCGCAAAACACAAACAGAUCGAGCAGAUGAAUACCAUCUAUGAGAAAGCUGUUCUGACUAUCAUAGCUGCGGCUGGCGAAGACGAGACCUACGGACUACCAGGAGUUGGCCAAAGGCUGCGAGAACCUCAGAAUAUUGCUAGUUUCAGUGGACUGAGAGUCAUAUCGACGAUGAAACACCCCCAUUCUUCAAUCCGAUCCUCACGCUGGGCUUCCCGAGGUUGGACCUACCAAGAAGCGGCACUCAGUCGUCGACGUUUGGUCUUUACGGACCAGCAAACGUACUUCGAGUGUGACUCUAUGAACUGUUUCGAGAGUGUGUACAGCCCAAUGGACAAUCUUCAUCCAAGAGUCAGUUCAGAGUCGCUCUUAGAUUCCAAUAAUCUAAGAGCCGGGAUGUUUGGCAGAGAUACAACUCGAAAAUUUGGGACAUCCCAGUUUGACAGAUCCUUCUUCAGUGUGUUCCAAGAGUAUCUAUCGGCCGUACAGGACUACUCGGCGAGAGAUUUGAGCUACGAUGCGGACUCUCUGAACGCAUUCCGAGGCAUUAUUCAACGGUAUUCGAAUCUCGAAGAGCCUGUUCUUUCAAUCUGGGGCCUGCCUUAUCCCGCUCGGGGAGACAAGUAUCGAUAUUUCUAUUUGGGUCUGACAUGGGCCCACACCGAAAACAAUUGGGAGAAUUCAAGACGACCAAAGCGCCGACAAGAAUUUCCCUCCUGGACGUGGGCCGGUUGGUCCGGUACAGUCCGGUUCGGGAAGAUAGGAAGCUUUCGCAAGAUUAGGAGUUCCAUGCGAACAGUACAGUUCGGAGAUCAAAGAGACGACACUAUGAGCCUGUACUCGUUAAGCUUCAAGACUCCAGAGACCAUGUGCCGCGUGCUCCGAAUACUCGCCCCGACCCUACCUCUGAGCCUGUUCUCCUGCCAGUCCGCAGGUGACGGCAAGAUGCGCUGGGCUUUCGCUGAAUACGAGGCAAAAUUCUUGCCGUCUCAGGAAUACAUGCUCCAAGCACAAUUUGUCCAAGAAAUGAUGGAUCCCACACGGUGGCGGUGUAUCUGGCUGGUGCUGAAGGUUCUAGAUGAGAGAUUGUUGAGGAUAGAGUAA